CCUGCAUUGGAUUAUAUUCUUAUGUUUAGACUUUUGUUAGUGUUUACAAAAAAUAUAAAAACAGUAUUUUAGUUAUAAGACUUUAUUCCGAUCGUGAUUGCCGGAUAGAUUUUGGUAGUUUCAAAUCACCAAAAUUUAACUAUAAGUACUCAUAUUCCGGCAAUAGUUUCUAAACAAAGAUAAUGUUAAAAUGUCUGGCCCUGUUCUUAUUUUUGUGCGCAAAUGUAAUUACGGACUGAUAAAUAAACUCUCUUAAAUCCUUGUACUAGUGAAAUGUGAAUAGGAUUUUAUUGUGGCCGAUACAAACGUAGUGUGUUCCUGCUUCUCGAAGCUGUCGAAAUAUGGACGAGUACUUCAAGUGGAGUCAGCAUGUGAAUACGUAACAUAACUUGAAACAUAUAUUUUGGUAUAUACUGUGAAGUGACGUCAGCGAUAUGCCAGCGAUACUAUCCAAGAUCCGGGAGCAGGCCUCUCGGGUACAGCCUUCGAUAGCCGUGGGAGUAGGAAUUGGGGUGGCCCUAGCCGCCUGCGCUGUGUACGGAACCCGCGAGAAAAAACAACCCCCGCCUUGCAAUAACAACAAUAAUUAUAAGGUAGCGAAGAAUGGUACGCUUCAAGCGGUGGCGAACGGCGGAGCGGCGGCGGAGAAACAGACGUGCGGCGGACGGUGUGGGGCCGAUCAGUGUGCGCUCUGCCGGGGAGACGUCGACACGGACAACAAACAGAAUAUAGAAGAUGCUGAUGAUACACAAUCGGUGGAAGAACACGUGCCAGGACUCAACCUAGAGUUCCUGAGGCAGCUGAUGUCCUUGGCCAAGAUCAUGGUGCCUGGGUUCCGAAGUCACGAGGUGGCGCUCCUGACGGCGCACACACUCUGCUUGUUUUCUAGAACCUUCCUCUCCAUAUAUGUUGCGUCCCUGGAAGGAUCUAUUGUAAAACACAUAGUACAAAAGGAUAUGCGAGCGUUCGCAGCGCUUCUGAUGCAGUGGUUCGGUAUCGCGAUCCCGGCCACCUUCAUCAACUCCAUGAUCAGGUAUCUGGAGAGCAGGCUGGCGCUGGCCUUCCGCACCCGGCUGGUGAACCACGCCUACGAGCUGUACUUCAAGAACCAGACCUACUACAGGGUCGCUAACCUCGACGCCAGGAUAGAGAAUGCUGAUCACAGAUUGACCGAAGAUGUGUCGGUCUUCACACAGUCCGUGGCGCAUCUCUACAGUUCCCUAACGAAGCCAUGCUUCGAUCUGCUCCUCAUUGUGCUUACCCUGGCCAGCUACUCCAGCAAGAUGAAGGGGAAUAUCUUUAUAGGCCCCGGAAUUGCUACAGUGGUAAUUUGCUGCACGGGUCAGUUGCUGAGGAUACUAAGCCCAAGGUUCGGUGCUCUGGCUGGAGAGGAGGCCAGGAUGAAGGCAAACCUGAGACACGUGCACUCGAGACUCAUCGCCCACGCUGAAGAAGUUGCCUUCUAUGGUGGACAUAAGGUGGAGUUGGACCAACUGCAAUCGGCCUACAAGGAGCUAGUCGGUCAGAUGACGUCAGUGUUCAACAAGAAGCUGUGGUACGUGAUGCUGGAGCAGUUCUGUAUGAAGUACCUCUGGUCCGGCACCGGGAUGGUGAUGCUCGCCUUGCCUAUCCUUACCGGAAAGAAGUUGGAUGGUACCGUGGGUGAGGGUAUCAGUGCUCGGACGGAAUACAUGACAACCUCGCGAAACCUGCUCAACUCGGCUGCCGACGCCAUCGAGAGGCUCAUGUCGAGCUACAAGGAGAUAGUAACCCUGGCCGGUUAUGCGACGCGUGUGUCCGACAUGCUGGUGGUAUUCGGCGAGGUGGCUCGUGGGAAGUGUGUUCGCGCCGUACACGUGUCGUCACCCUCCAACGGCGGCUUCCAGGUCACCUUCCGGGAUAAGCAGCCAGUGCCACAAGGUAAAGUGACUUACACGAACGAUUUGUCGAUUCGCGUGAGGAACAUGCCAAUAGUAACACCGUCGUGUGACGUAGUAGCCAGCGGGGUCACGCUCGACAUAACUCCCGGAACACAUAUGCUGAUCGUGGGGCCCAACGGAUGCGGGAAGUCUAGUCUGUUCCGCAUCAUAUCGGGUCUGUGGCCCGUGUUCGGCGGCGAGUUGUCCGUACCGCGGCCGUGUGCGUGCGCCCACUGUGCGGGCGAACCCAACGCGCCGGCGCACUGCACCGACCGCCCCGUCAUGUUCUACAUCCCGCAGAGGCCGUACAUGUCCCAGGGGUCCCUCAUAGACCAGGUGACGUACCCGUCGCGCGUGGCCGACAACGACACGGAGGCGGAAGCCCGCGCGGCCCACAUCCUGCGUGUGGUGCGGCUGGACGCGUGUGCGGCGCGCCACGGCGGCCUGCGCGCGGUGCGGGACUGGCGCGCCACGCUCUCGGGCGGGGAGAAGCAGCGCGUGGCCUGCGCGAGGAUGUUCUACCACAGGCCUGUGUACGCUCUACUGGACGAGUGUACGAGUGCUGUUUCCAUGGAAACCGAAGUGGUGAUGUACGAAGAGGCUAUCAAAGAGGGGAUCACUUUGCUCUCGAUUACACAUAGACCUAGUGUAUGGAGAUACCACACUCACGUGCUAGAAUUCGAUGGAGCUGGGGGCUGGUCGUUCCGACCUUUAGAGAAGGACGCGCCCGCGUUAAUGGCAACACCGUUCACCAGACAGAAGGAAAAUGGCGAAACCAAAUCUCUAGAGAGUGGCAACACAUCGGACGCUUUGAGCGAAUGACCCGAGUGACAUAGCAACACACACACGCCAUUUGCUUUUCUGAGGCCAAUAAGAAAGGUGUCAAAAUUGUGAUUAUUGCGAUAUUUGAAAAUGGAAUGUUCGAGAUUUGAUAUUGAAAUUAAAUUGGGCGAUAGAGUGAACAAUGUUGCAACACUGAAACAGAAAGUGUCAUAAUUGUGAUUAUUUCCGUAUGUCAUAUUAGAAUGUUCGAGAUUUGCAUCCCAAAUUAAAAUCUUGAUUACUAAAAUGGUCUGAAAGAACAUUUUAAGUCGUCACGGAUAUUUGACGAUGCAUGAAAAUCAACUUUAAAGACACUAUAAUAUAAUGUGAAUAUGUGAUAGUGAAAUUGUGAUUUAGGUUAAGUUAUAAAUGUUAUAGUUGGGUGAGUGAGUUAUAAUAAUUAAAUUUUAAUUUACCUACUUUUCAUUUCCUGAAUCAUGUAUUAUAUUAGAGAUUUUUUGAACCAGUGGACUAAGUACGUAGGCCACAUUGGUUCCCUAGGAAUAAAUAUUUUCGCAAAUGUUCUAGCAGUACCAAUUAUUCGUAAUCUUCGUUCAUUAAAAUGUAAAACUCUCUUAAAAAAAUAUGUAAUAAAGUUAGAAUAUAGCCAGAGGUAUUUGGCACUAUUAUUUCUGUAACUCAAUUUCCUAGUUAAUUCAGUUGGCACUCGUAGGUAGUGAUGAUUGUAGUAUUAUAUAAGUCGAUGCCAAACUUAUCUGUAGCACCAGUGUUUUAAUUAUUAAAUUUUGAAGUAUUUAUGGAACAUAAAAGAGAUUCGUUUAUUUACAUAUUGGAAUGACGGUUGAUUUAAAUUAUUAAAAACGUCAAAAAAGAUAUGCAACGCCCUCUGACGUCUUAUGCCAGCAUUAUUCUAAGCCAAAGAUGGCGGAUGGUGAAUGACAGGUGUCAAUUAAAACGUCACAAAACGGAGAUAAACAAUAGUGUCCUGCAUGCGAUUUACGUAAUUUAAGUUGCUUUAGUUAACACCUAUUUUCUAUAUAUUUUUUAUUUACAAUUUUCCCAAUACGCCUUGUCGUUUUAACAUAAAUGUAAUUAUAAAAAAUUCGCAACUGUACGUAAAUUUUAAAAAAAUUAUUUGUAGGUACUUUCUAUGAAAUACAAGGAUUCUGCUCUCUAAAUAACAAUACUUAAGAAAAAACAACAUCCUUUGCUGUGUAUUAUUCUGACAAUCAAUUGCAACAAAGAAUCGUAAUAGUUUCCAUAACUAUUUAACUUGUAAUUUGUCCAUAGAGCCUUACGUUUUGUUUUGUUACACUUGGAGAUUCAUUGUGUGAUAAUGUAUAAAUAUAAGACUAUAAAUAAUAGACUUAUAAGUAGAAAUACAAGUAGGCAUACACGUCGCCAACUUUUGGUAUUUAUUAUAACUAAUCAAAUUAAAUGUUAUGCAAUUUAAUAAAGAGCUGGCUUGGCUUACUGAUUCGUGUAGAACCAAGUAACGUCUUAAUUUGAUGUCUUUUUGUCGUGUAAGAGCUUAUUUUUCUAUGGAUGAGUUGAUUUUUUUAAAUUGAUUUAAUUAAUAUUUUGUGUUAUUAUUGAUUUUUUAAUAAAUUGCCUAUUAUAUUUAUAUUCUUUUUGAGUGCAAGUGUACGUGAAUUUGUAAAGUGUAUUUUUAAGUGAAUUUAGAGGCACAAUGAUGUUAGAGGGAGAUAGAAAUAAAGGGUUUUUAUAUGUAAA